CUGGAUGCAUGCCAUUAAGUUUUCCGCGCGGAAAUGGGUCAGUCCCUCUGCAAGGAAGCAAAGGCUUCCCGGUGGCAGUCUCACUCGCUAGCAGAAGAUGUACAGCCCGAAAUCUGGAUUGCACAGGAGCUGCGGCGCAUUGGAGAUGAGUUCAAUGCCUCCUAUUGUCCAAGAAGGGGUUUCUUGGAUAACCAGGCAGGAAACCCCCAGAUCAUCAUUUUGCGCCUCCUGCGUUACAUCAUCCGCCUCAUCUGGAGGAUGCAGACAGCCUGGAGCAGGGGGAUGAGCAGGAUGGGACUGGCGGCCUGAAGAUCCCAGAUACUAGUGCGCAGGGAUGCAGCUGGAAGAGGCGCCGAAGGAUGCCGACCUGGUACAGAUCCACCCGGGGACUUGCCGUGUGGGGUCCGCUCCCCACUGACUGCCACGUCUCCUCCCAGACUGCCCUCCUUGCCCCAGGAAGACCUGACCAGGCCCUUGAUGCCAUCCCAGGGCGUCUCCCCUUCCACCUGGAGACCCUGCCACCUUCCUGGAGGAGCCCUGAGAGCUUGUCAGAAGAAGCAGGUCUGUUGCCUCGGACCCCUCGUGGUCUCCGGUUCAUCAUCUUGUGGGCAGGCGGUUGCUGCAUGGCGGGUGCUUUUGGAGGGGUGGCUGCUCCGGCCACCCCCAUAUCUAUGCACAAAUGUACCCCUCUCUGCCUCUGGAGCUGUCCCUUUCCUCUGGCUGGUGCAGGUGGUCCUCAAACCCACUUCCAAAUGCUGUGGUUUUAUUUCUGGUUUCACCAGCCCCAUAGGGAA